AUGAGCUCCGUUCAGAAAGUCGAUUUCCUCAGCAAGGGAAUCAAGAUCGUUGGUGACUUAUUCCUCCCUACUGGGUAUUCACCUAAUACCAAGUACCCGGCAGUCAUCAUCGCCCAUCCUAUGACUGGAGUGAAAGAGCAAGCUCCGCAUGUUUAUUCUAAAGUCUUGAGCGCUGCUGGGUUCAUCUGCCUUGCCUUUGAUGCCGCAUACCAAGGCGAAAGCGAGGGCCAGCCAAGGUAUCUCGAGGACCCAGCCCAACGAGCCGAGGAUGUCAGGGCUGGUGUUACCUAUCUUUCUCUGCGCAAAGAUGUCGACCCAGAACGAAUUGGAGCUCUCGGUGUCUGUGCCUCGGGUGGCUAUGUGCCAUUCGCUGCGCAAACCGAUCAACGAAUCAAGGCCGUUGCAACCGUCAGUGGCGUUUGUACUGGCCGAAUGACAAGAGAAGGCCUUGUGGCAGGAAUGGGAAGUCCAGAGAUGCUGCAGGGGUCGAUCAAGGCUGCAAACGAGGCACGAAUUGCCGAGGCAAACGGACGGCAGGUUCCAGUUAACCCCUCCCUGCCUCCCACCGUUCAAGAUGUACCCGCAGAAUACCCGCCCAUCGUCAAAGAAUUGACAGAAUACUACAAAACGCCACGAGGUCAGCACGAACAUGCACCUGGUCUGUUUGCAACCAGAAGUGCGGAUCUUUUGGCGAACUUUGACGCCUACGCUUUCAACCACUUGAUUUCACCUCGUCCUCUUUUGAUGAUUGCUGGGACCAAAGCUGCUACGAAGUUCUACAGCGAGGAUGCCAUCAAAGCGGCCAAGGAGCCAAAGGAGCUUUUCAUCAUCGAAGGACGGGACCAUACUGCUUUGUACGACAACGCGACUGAGUCGGGUCCUAAGCUGGUGGAUUAUUUCAGGAGGAACCUCUGA